CUUAGCGGCAGCCAUUUUAACUUUUGGCGUCGAAAAUACGGCGAGGAAAUCUGAGGAAGCCGGAGAUCCUGUUCGUCUGUGUGGUUUUUUCGCAUCCAGCGCAAGCAGUGUGUAGUGCUCGAGGGCCCGUGGAACCAGUGAGAGUGUGCGAGGAAGUUGAGAAGCGUUGAUCGAGAGGGAUUUUUGCGGAGCGAAGCGUAAUCUAACCAAAAUCGAAGCCAAGAUGUCGAUGUCUGCCACGUGCUACAAGUGCAACCGGCCGGGCCACUUUGCCCGGGACUGCAGUCUCGGCGGAGGACCGGGCGGCGUUGGAGGAGGCGGCGGCGGUGGCGGCGGCGGAGGCGGUAUGCGCGGCGGCGGCGGCAGCGAUGGCGGCGGCAUGCGUCGCAACCGGGAAAAGUGCUACAAAUGCAACCAAUUCGGGCACUUUGCACGUGCCUGCCCCGAGGAGGCCGAGCGCUGCUAUCGGUGCAACGGCAUCGGGCACAUCUCGAAGGACUGCACCCAGGCGGACAACCCGACCUGCUAUCGGUGCAACAAGACCGGCCACUGGGUGCGCAACUGCCCCGAGGCGGUCAACGAGCGUGGGCCGGCCAAUGUGUCGUGCUACAAGUGCAACCGCACCGGACACAUCUCCAAGAACUGCCCGGAGACCUCGAAGACUUGCUACGGCUGCGGCAAGAGCGGACAUCUGAGGCGCGAGUGCGACGAGAAGGGCGGACGGAACUAGGCGCCACACACACCACCCACCCACUCGUGGCACCUCAGCAAAAAUGUAAUCAUCGAAGGAGGGAAUGAGUAAUAAUUCAACACACGAAGAAGAAAAAGAAUAAUGAGAAGAAAGAAGAAAAAAAAAAUAUGAAAAACGAAAAAUCAAUUUGCUACAACAUUCACAAAGCCAGCCAACAGCAAGAACAACAACAAGAAGAAGCGAUAGCAGCAGCAGCACCCAAAAGUCAAGAUCAACCCCCUCCACAACCACCCACCCACCCACCACCCACACCCAUUAACACACACACACACGUGCAGACUAUAUAAUCCCGAAGAAUCAUCCAGUAAACCACCAUCUCUGAGCCUGCAGCGCGGUGCCAACGUCCCGAGAACUGAGAGAAGAACAUGAAGCAGAGGAGGGCUUUCCAAGAGGAGCCGCCAGAAGAAUCAGUGGUUAAGGAGGUAGAAAGGCUCUACGAAAUGCGGGGGUACGGAGAAGAACAUGAAGACGAUAGCCAACGGCAGCUGUGCAGCCGAGAGAGCAGAUGACGCCGACUACGUAGAGGAUGAGGAGGAGGAGAGGAAGAUGAGGAAGACACGACGACCCAAUUUGUAAGAUGAGACUAAACCGCAACAGCAAAAACAACAAGAGAAAUCACCAAGCAAACCACUUUACUAUAAUUAUACCUAUAUAUGAUUAUGCUGCAAAAAGUGUUUGAAUUUACUAAUUACAUUAUAACGAAUGGAAUGAAACUAUAUAAGAUUAUAUAAAGAAACAAAAAAAAGAAUACCUUAAAGAAUACUAUAUAAAUGAUCCUAUUAGGAGUUCCACAGCCAGAAACAACCGAAAGAAAAAGCGUAAAUAAAAAUUAUUAAAGAAAAAAAAA